ACAUGGUUGCAUGAACUAGCUAGUGCAGAAUGGACAGAAGCUCAGGCGCCAACCCAGAGCUUUAUGUUCACAUGCCAACAGUAAGUGCAUUGUCCCCUAAGGUCACUACUUCAAGUGGGGUCUUAAAGUGUGGCUGAGAGCAAACCUACUCUACAUUGAAUUCGGGCUAUCACAUUCUUGUCACUAGCCACUAGAAACUCUUCUCCUCAUCACCAUGUUACUGUUUCUAAGUUGCUUUCCCUUAUCUUAAUGCUUAGUGGCAUCAGCCUAAUAAAGUUGCUUGCACUUCUCCACAUGAACUCUUAAGCAAGUAGUUCCAAAAGAUAGAAAGGCCUGGAUUGAGUACUGUGGUCCUCCCACCAAGCACGCUAAUUAAACAUCUAGCCGGGAUUGGUGGAGCCAUGUUUCAUAUGCUGAUUAGUUUAGUAGAAUUCUAUGUGCCAAUGAGCCCAACUCCAUAAAAAAACUGAUCUAUGUUCUUACCCAAGCACAUCACAUGAGUUGAAAGCCCUUAAUUACCAACAAAAGUAUAUAGUUUCCUUACAACUUGUACUUCCUAUAUAAUACAAAGAAUUAAAAAGGAUCUAACCUGCAAAAUUUGGCCAAUGAAAAGAGCUAUAGUGACAUAUCCACACCUAGAAGGUGGACUUCAACAAAAGCACCUCUUAAUUAGUGCUCUCUUAUGCAGGAUCUUAGCCGCAAUACAUGUACACAUGCAAGAAUGCAAGCCCAUAUAAUAUAUACGUGUGUGUGUGUGUACAAAUAUUAUAUACUGAUAUAACAAUAUUUUAUUGAUAUUUUAUUUAAUAUUGUUUUAUAAAUUACUAAUCAUUUAUCUAUAGAUUUUGUUGUAACAUUUUAUCAUGAAUGUAUUGUCCAGCACUGUUCUAUGACAGUAAAUUAAUAAUUUUCCCUUCAAUUAAUCAGCUCAAAUUCGAGUUUGAAUAUGAGUUUAAACCCUUAACUUCUACACAUGAGUUAAGUUUAAAUUUUAAGAUUUGAUUUUUUCAGAAAAUUGAAGUGAUGACACGUUUUGGAAACUAAUUAAGAUGUAGAAAUCUAAUUUCUUUUUUAAAAAGCUAAGAAGAUGCCAUGAAAUAUCAACAAUCAUCUAAUUUUUUUUAUUUUGGAAGUUCAUUGCUGGGGACAAUCUUUUGCAUAAAAAAACAAAAAACUUUUUCAAUGCUAAUAAAAUAUUAUUUUUUAAGGCCGCCGGAUCCCCUCCCGUCGUCCUAUAAAUAUAUGUCCAAGAGAAGGUGGUGAAGGACAGAAGAGAGCAUGAGAGUUGGAUUUGAGAUGCAACCUAGAGUUGUUCUCGUUCCCUUUCCAGCCCAGGGCCAUGUCACUCCCAUGCUGCACCUUGCUCAGGCCCUCCAUGCCCAGGGCUUCCUCCCCAUGGUCGCGAGCCCGGACUUCAUCCACCGCCGCAUCGCAGCCGGCCGGGCGGAUCCUACCGACGACCACGUCGGCUUUGCGUCCAUCCCCAGUGGCUUCGGAGACGCCCCCCGGGACUUCGCGGCCAUCGACGACGCCAUGGAGAACUCCAUGCCUGGCCAUCUUGAGCGCCUGCUGAAGGAACUCGACGGGGUGGUGUGCGUGGUGGUCGACCUGCUGGCCUCAUGGGCGAUACCGGUCGUGGCAAGGUCUGGAAUCCCGGCUGCCGGUUUUUGGCCCGCCAUGCACGCUACGUACCGGCUUAUAUCGGCCAUCCCGGAGCUGAUUCGGAAAGGCUUCAUCUCUGAAUGCGUGAUUGCAGGCACUCCUCUCUACCAUCAUAAUCAUCAAGAUAACCAAGAGCUAAUGGUGAGAGAACUACAAUUACCAGGUCACGUAAAACUGAGCACCAAAGACUUGCCAUGGUUGGUCGGAAACUCUGCGUCGCGCAAAACAAGAUUCGCAUUCUGGCUUAGGACGCUUGAAAGAGCCAAAGCUCUCCAAUGGCUUCUCAUCAACUCCUUCCCUGGAGAAGGAGAAGAUCUUGAUGAACACCAUCCACGUUCCCAACCACCGGAACGCAGUCCACGUACUCUUCAUGUAGGACCAUUGUCAGCUAACAGCAUGAACAGCACCGAAAGAAAUGAAUUUGAUGAGGAAGUCCCUCAUGUGCAGUUCAAUCCCAGUAUGUGGGAAGAGGAUUGGAGUUGUGUGGAAUGGCUAGGGAAGCAAGCUCAUCAAUCCGUGGUCUAUGUAUCAUUUGGAAGCUGGGUUGGACCAAUUGGACCAGAGAAGAUCGCCGAGUUUGCUCUAGCAUUGGAGGCUUCAAAACGGCCGUUCUUGUGGGUGUUGAAGGAGGACAAGGCAUGGCGAGCUGGGCUCCCGGAUGGAUACCUGGAACGCGUCGCAGGUUGUGGGAAGGUGGUAGGGUGGGCACCACAGGAGGAGGUGCUCAAGCAUGGGGCAGUUGGAUGCUAUCUCACGCACUGUGGCUGGAACUCAACUGUUGAGGCCAUACAGCAUGGGAAACGCCUGCUGUGCUAUCCCAUAUCUGGUGACCAGUUUGUGAAUUGUGCAUACAUUGUCAGGGUGUGGGGGAUUGGGAUCAAGCUCAAUGGCAGCAGUCAAAGUUCCAUGCAGGAUGGCAUCCAAAAGAUUAUGGCAGGCAAGGAGGCAAUGGAGAUAGAGGCAAGGGUUUUGAAUUUGAAAAAACAAAUCAGCAGAAAUUCUAGAGCGCUAGCUAACCUCCAAUGUUUUAUAGAUGAAGUUAGAAAAAUAAGUUGAUAGUUAACUACAAAAAAAUCGGGCAUUGCUGAUGCUUUUUAUUGCGUCGUUAGUUUUAUUAGUAACGCUUUAUAAAGCGUCGCAAAAGCAUCGGCAAUGUAAGUGUUGAAAAAAAAGAAGAAAAAUUAAUGCUACUCUUGUGACAUCUAGAAGAUA